ACAUGAACUUUGACUCCAGCAGUGUGAAACAGAGCUCGCGUUUUGCGCAACUCGAAUCUGCUCUUCCAGUUUUUGGCUUUCCUCACACUGCCCCCCUUUAGCUAUCAACGAUGACCUGGCAAUAUUUUGUACUACCUCUUAUGCUGUUGUGCUUGUGGGGGCUGCAGGAGGAAGGAGCGCAAGCCUGCAGCUGUUUACCAAUGCAUCCGCAGCAGGUGUUUUGCCAAAAAGAUGUUGUUGUCAUUAGAGCAAAAGUUGUUGGAGUCACGCCUGCCACACCCGUAAAACGUCUGACCAAGUAUGACAUCGACCAAACAAUGUUCUUCAAGGGCUCUAAAAGGCGCUUUCGUGACGUCUACACUGCACCCUCCUCUGCAGCUUGUGGAGUCACUCUGACCAUCGGUGUUGAGUAUCUCCUCAUGGGCAGACUGGAGCCCGAUCGUACGCUGCGUAUGGUCCUGUGUGACUUCUACAAACCAUGGAGCGCAUUGAGUUCUCCGCAGAGGAGCCUUUUGUACCGCUAUGCACUGGGCUGCAAGUGCACGAUCAAGUCCUGCUUCUCCUACCCAUGCUGCCUAACCGGCUCGUCAGUGUGCCUGUGGACAGACGUUCUGGAAGAGAAGACGGGCAACGGCGAGCAGGCCCGAAACUCCGCUUGCAUCAGGAAAAAGGAUGGCCGUUGUGGCUGGCACGAUGCACCUUCCUGGCCCCGACUGGGAUAGCCAGCAAAGGCUAUUGAAUUCAAAUAAAU